AUUCCUGCAGAUGGCAAAGUUUCACCAUUUAACUUCAUGCUCACUGGAGCAAGGAAGACAUUUUCACAUUGGACUUUGAUAGUGUUGUGCCCAUUUUUCAAGGAUAAAUUGAAGCCCAGGCUCACGGGCCUGGCACAAAACAGUGAGAUUGCAGAUAAACCGUGCAGGGGAGUCUGGCAAAAGUACCAUUGUUAAACAGAUGAAGAUUAUACAUGAGGCUGGUUAUUCAGAAGAAGAAUGCAAACAAUAUAAAGCUGUUGUGUACAGCAACACCAUUCAGUCUAUUAUUGCGAUUAUUCGAGCAAUGGGAAGAUUGAAGAUAGACUUUGGUGAUCCUGCAAGAGCAGAUGAUGCUCGCCAGUUGUUUGUAUUGGCUGGUGCAGCAGAAGAAGGGUUUAUGACUGUGGAGCUUGCCGGAGUAAUCAAGAGACUGUGGAAGGAUAGUGGCGUUCAGGCCUGUUUUAAUCGGUCCAGAGAGUAUCAACUUAAUGAUUCUUCUGCAUAUUAUUUGAAUGACUUGGACAGAGUAGCACAAGCAAGUUACAUUCCAACUCAACAAGAUGUUCUAAGGACCAGAGUUAAAACAACAGGUAUCGUGGAGACCCAUUUCACUUUUAAGGACCUGCAUUUUAAAAUGUUUGAUGUCGGUGGUCAGAGGUCUGAGCGCAAAAAAUGGAUCCAUUGCUUUGAAGGAGUGACUGCCAUUAUAUUUUGCGUGGCACUUAGUGAUUACGAUCUUGUCCUUGCAGAGGAUGAGGAAAUGAACAGGAUGCAUGAGAGCAUGAAGCUGUUUGACAGCAUCUGUAACAACAAGUGGUUUACAGACACAUCUAUCAUUCUAUUCUUGAAUAAGAAGGAUCUCUUUGAAGAAAAGAUUAAAAGAAGCCCCCUUACAAUCUGCUACCCUGAAUAUGCAGGAUCAAAUACAUAUGAAGAAGCUGCAGCAUAUAUACAAUGUCAAUUUGAAGAUCUAAACAAACGAAAAGACACUAAGGAAAUCUACACUCAUUUCACAUGUGCCACAGACACCAAAAAUGUGCAGUUUGUGUUUGAUGCAGUUACUGAUGUCAUUAUAAAGAAUAACUUGAAAGAUUGUGGUCUUUUUUAAAGGGAUUGAGUGAAGACAUCUAUUCAGUAGACUUGAAUUUUUCUGCUUCUGCAUAUAAAUAAAGGAAGAUAUACUGAAUGGACCAGUACUGUACAAUUUGCCACUUGUAACAGCUGUAUUUAUGUUUGUCUUGUAAAUUUUUUACGUAAUUAGGGUAGUCUACAUUGAACAUUUUUGUGUUUAAUUUGUAUGCGUGUAACUGUAGCUAUGUUUAUUGUAAAACAUUUUGAAAUUUUUUUAUGGCCUUCACUAUUCCUUUUGGAAGGGGAAAGAUGGGUCUCCAGCUUACCUAAGGAAUGGCUGAUUACACAACACAUCUGUUUCCACCUUUGUUAAUUCUGCAUGCCUUUCUAAUUGUAUGAGAUACUUUGCUUAGCAGAAUGUAGAAUGAAUACUUUAAGCUAACUGGUUUAUUGGGAUCACCUCAUUUGUUCUCUUACAAUGAAUGGGACCACACUGCUAUACACUGCUCCAUUUCGAAAGGGAUUUUUUUAAUCAAUUUGCUCACUGCUUAGUAAAGCAGAAAGAGUACUGUCAGUCUUCAUUGCGCAUUGCCUGAAAGGUAGUGCCAAAGUUUUAUACAUUUAAAUUGAAAUGAAAUAAGCUUUUGUUUGUAAUUAGGAGUUAUAGUUUGUAGUUGUAUACUUUUAAAGUAUCUGUAGGCACUUGGUAGGGAAAGAGUAAUGUGACCAGACACAUCACUGAAUAGGACUGUAGUAGCUCAGGCAGUGUUGAAAAUCUUCUGAGUAUUUGAACAUCCACAAAAGUCUACUCUACUCAAUAAGGGGAAAGAAAAACCUUUUUGUAAUAUUGAAAAUUACAAUAAAGAGUGGACCGUUGUCGUUAAUACCAGAAAUUAAGGUACUUUGAAUUUACAUUGCUACAAAAGGUUUGUUUUUUUAAGCUAUGUUCUGACUGUAUACAGCUUAGGUCACAGUUUAUUCAAAUCUAUUUCCGAUGUUUUCUGCUGUAUAGAAUACCACCUCAUGGACUAUUUCUGACAACUGUAUUUUGAUUCGGUGAAGUAUUAGAAUUCAAUUUUUUUUUGCUCAUUUACACAAAUUUGAAAUGUUGUUGCAUUCUUGGAAGUUUUUGGUUUGAACUUGCUCUUUAGGUAGUCCCAUAUUGUGGUGGUAAAAAGUGUAUCCAUGAGAACUAUGGAAGGUAGCACCUAGUGAAUUGUAGUAGCUUUACAUUUUUGGCUCUGGUUCUAGAAAAAGUUUUCAGUAUAAUCUAGUUUAUUGUAGAUGUGCAUGCAUUUAAUCAACUUUGGCAGUUAAUUGAUAUUGAAAAUAGGCCAGAAAUACAUGCACUCUGUGAAACAGAACCACAAUCACUAUCAAUAUGAUUUUCUACUGUUAAAACUGUUAUGGUGGUCCUAAAGAAUAUUGCAGACUAAGAAUAGGGACCAAAAGAACAAAUUUUUUUUGGGCAUUUGAAUGACAUGGGUCAAGAUUAUUGGUUAUAUGUACGAACUGUACAGAUGAAUUUAUGUAGAGUUUAUUUUUAGUUAUUUGUCCUACAGAUAGAAGUAUGAAAAACCAUUACAACCUUUACUCUAAUUUAACAAUGUAACAAAAAAAGGCAUUUAUAAAGCAACCAAGACAUUUAUUUGUAUGUUGGGCCAACAAAUGUAUGUAUAUUGCUUUUUAAAUUGUCCUAGUUAGCUUUCUGAAAUAAAUUCUCCUCUUUGCACUUCCUGAAAGAGGCAAUUGGGACUUGGAUGACCAAUAAUUGAUAAAGGGUUACUUACAAUUAGUCCAAAUACUUGUGCCUUGCUGGUGAACAACUCUUGUCAACCAGAUCUUAUUUCAUGAAACAUUUUCUGAUAGAAACAGCUAAUCCACAAGCUAUGAUCAUACUUGAUACAAAAGUAAUUGGUGGAAUUGAAUUGUGAGACCAUCUUCUGUUAUUUCUGAAAAUGUAAGGAGUUUAAGUCAAAAACAAAACUACUGACUCAAAUUUUGGUGAUCAUCACUACUGCUUUUUGAAUGUGAUCUAUACCAUUAUGGAUGUCAGUAAGUAGCUUAAUAAAACUGAAUUCUUAAAUUUUAA